AUGGCAGACAUCCAGAGAAAAGUUAUGCAUCAACAUGCAUCCUGCAACACAGUGUAUCACUGUCUGUAUGGAUAUUAUUUCCUAGCAUUCAGUAAAAAGACGCUUGCGAAAAUAUAUGCGAAACACCGGACAACCAUUUCAAGCUGGAUAAGGAUGUACGAAGAGAACAAAAUAUUCCAGCGGAAGGAAAGGGAACAGGUAUAUCUUCGAUUCAACUCGGACCAGAGAAGGUGGAUAGUGGACCUUUAUAAAAACUGUCCUAUUCUUUACCUUUAUGAGACCAAAUCUCAAUUUGAAAAAACAUUCCACAAAACAAUUAGCACGUCAUCUGUAAGCCGAAUCCUUCACGCUGCAGGACUUUCCCGGAAGGUAUUAGAGCGCCGAGCAAUUCAAAUUAGAAUGCUGGACAUCUACAGGUUCGUUUCAGAUAUGGCUAUUGUGACCUGGGAUAUUCAUUCCCUGGUUUUUCUCGACGAAGUAUCGUUCGACAAUCGAGGUAUGCUUAGAAAUAAAGGGUAUGCGCCAGUUGGAGAAAAAAUAGUAUAUAGAGGAGAGUUUGUUCGAGGGCCUCGCUGUUCCAUGCUUAGUUUUGUAGGAUACAAUGGAGUACUCGAAACCUUUUCCACUGAAGGAACCUUUACCAGACAAAAAUUCUUCAAUUGCGUUCGUUCUUUUGCUACUGCUGGUCUAGUACAGCGAAACCCUGGAGAAUACUCGGUUUGGAUUUUGGAUGGAGCAAGAAUCCAUUACCAUAAAUCGAUAGUCGAAUAUCUACGUUCGUUGGGGAUAGCAGUUGUUUUUCUCCCUGCUUAUGCUCCAUUUUACAAUCCUAUAGAAUUUUUUUUUGGUUAUCUAAAAAAAUACUUGAAACGGGUCUACGUAGAAAACAGUCGGAAAGAUCUUACCGCAGUCAUCGCUGGAGCCCUGUGCCAUUUCAAGAACUAUGAUUGUACAAGAGUCUUCGCAAAAUGUGGCUACCUACCUGGGGGACAAUUUGAUCCCAGUCGGGGAUUGGGUCUAAAUAUGAAAGAAUUCGAAUUCGAAACAUGA